UGGUCAUCGCAGAGCGCGCGAGCAGUGCCUGAGGGGCGGGGCCAGUAAGGAGGCGGUGCGGGACGCGGGGGUUGCGGUGCGGGGCUCGGGAGUCGCCAUGCCGUUCGUGGAGCUGGAGACCAGCCUGCCGGGCGCGCGGCUGCCGGCGGGUCUGGCCCUGGAGCUGUGCGCGGCCGCCGCCGACAUCCUGGGCAAACCCCCCGAGCGGGUGAACGUGACAGUGCGCAGUGGGAUGCCCAUGGUGGUGUCGGGCUCCGCUGAGCCCUGCGCGCAGCUGCUUGUCUCCUCCAUCGGCGUGGUGGGCUCGGCCGAGCAGAACCAGCGGCACAGCGCCCGCUUCUUCGAGUUCCUGACGGCACGGCUGGGGCUCGGACCUGAGCGGAUUGUCAUCCGCUUUUACCCCCUGGAGCCCUGGCAGAUUGGCAAGAAUGGAACAGUCAUGACGUUCCUGUGAUCCCUUGCACGGCCAGUUGGAACAAAGCAGUGAUGAAGACAAUCCAGAGAUGACCAGCUCCAUCUGCUUGAUUCCUCUUAUAGUCAAACCUGUGUAGUUCUGCACCUUCACCUGGAUAAUUUGCUUCUUCCUGUGCACCCACAAAGCUGAAGAAAUGAGUAGUCAGCUGUAGAGACCUUACUAAAACAGUUCAAGGUCUUCGUCUCAAGCCUGUCUCAUAGCCCAAAGACUCUCCCAGUGCCUGUGACUAAGCCAUAGCAGUCUGGUGGUGGCCACAUAUGGACCUAGAAAAGCUGUCUUGUAGCAGCAAACAGUUUAAUUCCAGAACACGUUUGGUGUUAUUGAGGACCAGAGAUAUUCUAGUUUUAUCCAUUUUUGAUCAAUUUUAUCAUUUUUUCAUCAAUCAUUUCAAUCAUUAUCCAGAUUUUCUCAUACCUUGCAAGGCAGAAAGGUCUUUCUUUCUCUGUGGCAGCAGCAAGGACCCAGGCUGGCUAAUAAGAUCUGGGAGCCAAAAUCUCUUUUUAGGAUCCCCAAAAGCCCUUCCUGGAAAGGCAUGUGAUAAUUGGAAGGGAAGUUUAUGCAUUUCUAUUGUCAUUUGUUUAAGGUUCCUGUCAGACCUUGUGCUCUGUGCUCUACCCUUGCCACCCCACGUGGCUGCUCCUACAAAAUUUGAUUUCACGGCUGAAUGUUUGUGUGCUGAUGGCAGUGUGUAGAGGAAGGAGUCACUUGUGAAGAAUUGCACUGUGCCACAGGAAUGUAUUGGAAGGUUCUGCUACUGCCAGCUUUAAUUCCUGUUAUUCACCCAGUUGUUCAAAAUACCUUUCCUCAUGCUGCUGUUAUAGGAAGUUUGGGGACGGUACAACAUUUCGCUGUGUGCUGUGGCUGAAGUCUCAGCUGACUGUCCUCCCUGCAGGGAAGUGAUUUGGGUUUUUGGGACCCAUACGCUCCCUCACUUUGUGACUGGAACACACAUGGGCAUUUUAUUAAAACAAAAGCGCGGUACUUUUUAUGUAUGGUGUUACCUCUGCCUUCCACUGAUAAUGAGAACAUUUAUCACUUUCCACUUGGUGACUUGGUUGGGUGCAGGCAGGAAGCUCAGAAGAACAGAAUGCCAGGACCCAGCGGUCCAUGGGAACAUGAGGCUGAAGAGUAGAUCUGUGCUCCUUUGUCAUUCCGAUUGCAGGUUUAGUUGGGUUUGGCUUGAGAUCUCAAGAUAGUUGAAAAUAUUCCUUCUAAUUACCAUUUGAAGUUGGUUGUUCCCUAUGCAACAUCUCCUAUGUUUGCCACAUCUGUCAGGAAUGUAACACCAAGCAUACAUUUGUGAUCCAGGGGAGGGGAGGGCUGCACCUUAUCUGGUUAAUAAAAUGCAUCAAAGCCUC